AUGAGCAACUCCAACUUCCUCGACAAAGCGAUCAGCAUCGUCCAGAAAGCGAUCGACGAGGAUGUCAAGCAGAACUAUGCCGAAGCGUACAAGCUCUACCAGGACUCACUCGACUACUUCAUGAUGGCGAUGAAGUACGAGAAGAACGACAAGCUUAAGACAUUGAUCCGUAACAAGUUCACCGAGUACCUGGACCGCGCUGAGAAGCUCAAGGAGCACAUUGCCAAGAGUGAGGAGAAACGAUCUCGAGCAAAAGUAGGCGCGGCGGGCGGCGGCGGCUCUGAGGCCGGCGGCCCGUCAACAGGCAAGGACGAAGACGACCCGGAGAUCAAGAAGCUUCGGCAGGGCCUUCAGGGAGCGAUUCUGAGCGAGUCGCCAAAUGUGGCGUGGGACGACGUUGCGGGCCUCGCCCAGGCCAAGGAGGCGCUCAAGGAGGCCGUCAUCCUGCCCAUCAAGUUCCCGCAGCUGUUCACGGGCAAGCGCACGCCAUGGCGCGGUAUCUUGCUGUACGGACCCCCAGGGACGGGUAAGAGUUUCCUCGCCAAGGCCGUCGCCACUGAGGCCAAGAGCACAUUCUUCUCCGUGUCAUCGUCCGACCUCGUGUCCAAGUGGAUGGGCGAGAGUGAACGCCUCGUCAAGCAGCUGUUCCAGAUGGCCCGCGAGAACAAGCCGGCCAUCAUCUUCAUCGACGAGAUUGACUCGCUCACGGGCACGCGUGGUGAGGGCGAGAGCGAGGCGUCCCGCCGUAUCAAGACCGAGUUCCUCGUCCAGAUCAACGGUGUCGGCAACGACGACACUGGUGUGCUCGUCCUCGGCGCCACCAACAUUCCAUGGCAGCUUGACCCGGCCAUCAAGCGUCGAUUCGAGAAGCGUAUCUACAUCCCACUCCCAGACGCCGAUGCGCGCCGGAAGAUGUUCGAGUUGAACACCGGCACGACGCCGCACAGCCUGAAGCCCGCCGACUUCAAGCACCUCGCGGAAAUCACCGACGGCUACUCUGGAUCGGACAUUGCUGUCAUCGUCCGCGACGCGCUAAUGCAGCCUGUGCGGAAGGUGCUCGCCGCCACGCACUUCCGCGAGAUCGACGUCGAUGUCGAGAAGGACGGCGUCACGACGACUGUCAAGAAGCUCACACCCUGCUCGCCAGGUGCACCCGGUGCGAUCGAGAAAACGUGGGGCGACGUCAACUCGGACGAGCUGCAGGAGCCCCUGCUCGGCGUCCGCGACUUUGAACGCUCGAUCCAGGUCAACAGGCCCACGGUUAGCCUGUCCGACAUCCAGAAGCACAUCGACUUCACCAACGAGAGCGGCGGCGAGGGCGCGUAG